UUAACCAGAUGCCAAAUCAAAGAAAAAAAUAUCGAUGUCUGUCGAUUGAGACCAAUCCUAUCGACACAUAAUUUGAACGGUUUGCUGACAAUCAAAAUUUGUUUGAAAUUGUUUUGUUUCACUGCAGCGAUGUAUUUCUAAUCGCGACCAUAUAAUUGGUGAAUUGACAGAGGAGGCGGAUACAUGUGAUGUUACCGGGAAUGUAUGCUGAUGACAGCGAUGGGUGUUUUGACAGAGGAGGCGGAUACAUGUGAUUUUACCGGGAAUGUAUGCUGUUGACAGCGAUGGGUGUAUUGACAGAGGAGGCGGAUACAUGUGAUUUUACCGGGAAUGUAUGCUGAUGACAGCGAUGGGUGUAUAGACAGAGGAGGCGGGUACAUGUGAUUUUACCGGGAAUGUAUGCUGUUGACAGCGAUCGGUGUACACAAACAUGUGAUGGGGAUGAUCACAACAGUAUGGACACGAUCCUACAUUGAAAUUAAAUGAAUAGGCCUCUUAUAUCGAGGGGAUACGUCGCAUAGCAAAUUUGGAUCAUCCAUUUGUCAUUUUAAUCGUCCCUUAUAAACGCGGACAGAAUUUAUUCACAGAAAACAGGACGACGUCUGUUACUAAACAUAACUAGCUGGAAAUUUCAUAUGUAAGGAGCAUAUAUAGAAGAAAGGGAUGACAUUCUACAAUUAUUAAGGACGUACUUUUAAGAUGAUUAUGUUCAAUGCUGUGUUUUAUCGUCCUAUACUGACACUUAUUUUUGUCUUGAAAUCCUUUUCACUUGUUGAUGGACAUGAUAUGUGUGCCAGCAAUGCCCACGUUGACAUGGAAUCCAACAGAAACUACAAAUCCUUUAUGCACUUGGAUACCAUUGGGGUCUUACAGUGCAUGAAGGUAUGCAAGAGAUACAAAUUGUGUGAGAAAAUUCACCACAAUCGGGAGCAGCUAACAUGUGACCUCAUGAUGACAAACACGGAAGCAAGCAAAGCAAGCAACAUGACGUCACUUUUGGAUGCGCAAUCUGUACAGAUUGACAGCUCUAACUGUUCACGUAACAGUUGUUCAGAGACGGAGGUUUGUGUCGAGAGGAGAGAUGGCAGCCAUAUUUGUCUUGAUCAAGAUGUUCCAGAGGUAUGUCCAGCAGCCGUCUGGGUGCCUUUUAACGGGAAAUGCUACUUCUUUCCCAGCAGUAGAAUGACGGCAGAUGAGGGCAUGGUGUUUUGUAACUCAAUAAACGCCACACUUUUGAGAGUUGACAGCACUGAGGAGAACACUUUUCUCAUAUCGGAAAUGAGAAAACGGGCAAUGGGACAUAUAUGGCUUGCUGCAAACUACAGGGCUGUGGAAGGCGAAUGGGUUUGGGGGCCUGGAGAUGUAGUAUUGAAUGCAUUAUGGAAUCCAAAUGAACCUUCAUACGGCAGCGAUGGGGCUUGUAGCGUUUUGGAAGAGGACACGGGAGGCUGGUUAGCCUUAUUUUGCAAACAUUACAGUAUAUAUGCAGUGUGCGAGGUUCGAUAAGACUUUUCUCAAUUGUAACAAUGUUAACUUUAAAUCUGUGCACCUGAAGUAUCAAUAUAACUUUGAUCUGGUGACCAUUUUAAGGAAUUCCAAAUUAAAACUUGGACAAAAAAAUAGUUAAACUUAAAAUGUUAUUUAGAUAUGGAAUAGGAGAUUACUUACUCCAAUAGGUAAAAUUCAUCUCAUCAAAACUCUCUUGUUAUCUCAAUAUACUCAUUUAUUGAUGUCAUUGCCAAAUCCUGACUAUCACUUUUUGAAUGGUGACCUUAACUUGAUACGUUUAAAUUGUUUGUGGAAUAGUAACACAGAUAAAAUAAAAAAGGGAUAUAUUAAUACAGUAUGUUUUGAGAUGGUAAAUACUAGUCUUUUCAUUGAUUCUUUAAAAUUAGGAUGGGUAAGAAGGCUAUAUCAGAAGUCAGGCAAAUGGCAAAUCAUUUUUUUUUAAAACUUCUAUUGCUCUACAUAUGUCAUCUACCCGUGGGAAUGAAUAUAUUCUGGAGUGUCUAAGGAAAUGUAAAAAUAGUUUUUGGAAUGAUAUCUUUCGAGCUUGGGUAAGAUUUGAUGAAUGUGACAGGGUAAAACAAAUUAAGAAGACAAAUAUCAGGAAAACUCCAUUAUGGUAUAACAAUGACUUAACGAGUGGAAAAAGAAGUAUAUUUUCAAGACACGGCAUAAUGAAGGGGUAACAAUAGUAGAUAAUCUUGUUAAAGAUAAUAAAACCUGCACUUUCUACACACUUCAAGAAUGCAUUCAAAUCUAUGAAAUAAAUACACAUUUUCUCCAAUAUCAUAGUGUGUUAAUAUAAGCUAUUGAAGCAUACUUACAAAUGUAGUAUGGGUUGAUUUUUGAAAAUUAUAAAAUGCUUUAUCCGAUAAAUCCCUGUAAUAUUAAUUGUUUUAAUAACAAGACAAAAGGAACAAAAGAUAUAUAUAAUCUAAGGGUUAACAUUAAUAGUAUUUAGACAGACGGGAAAACAUUGGAAGACAUAUUAAAAUAAAAUGAUGUAAGUGGGUAGUGAUUUUUGAAAAUAUUUUUAGGUAAACAAAGACUACAAGACUGCAAUGGUUUCAGUACAGUUUAGUCCACCAGUUUAAAGAAGGAUCGGUGAACAACCCACUUUGUACACUCUGCAAUAAAGACAAAGAAACAAUACUAUAUAUCAUGUGGGACUGUCGAGAGGUGCAGAGUUUCCACAAAGUAUUGAACUUCUUCUAGAUGCAUUUUUUUUAUUCCAUUCUCUUUCGAUAUGAAAACUCCAUUUUGGUUUAUUUAUAAGCAAUAACACUGCCAUAACAAACUCGAUAAUGAAUAUUAAUUAUCAUUAAGUUUUAUUUAUACAAGACAAGAUGUUUAGAUAAAGGCUUAAGUCACAAAUGCUCUAAUUAAUUAUUUGAAAGAAUAUUACAUAUUACAAAAAUACACAGCUAAUAGUAAAAGAGAUCAGGCAAAAGCAAUAUUUGACAAUGAAUGGAGAAAAUGGAAAGCAUUGUUCGAAAUUGCAGUCAGCUAAGUAUUUCAUAUACACUACAUGUAUAUGUAAUUAUUCUAUUUUAUUAUUGAGUUAUUAAUUUCUCAUUUUUUUUCUCUUGAUCCUUUGUUAUUCUUUUUUCUUUUU